UCACAAGGAUUAACACAGAAUGGUUCUGGUUGCAAGCUGUCCAAAGAUUGACGCGAAAUCAUGUGACAGAUGGCUUCGCAGACGGAAGAUUUGAUUAUAUUUCAGAAAAAUGCACUUCCUUAGCUGUGUGUAUCCGCAGUGGUAUUUGACGAUAAGGCCUCAGUAUAAUUUGGUACAAUUUUGAUUUCAAGACGGCGGUGGCAUCGAUGUCCGCAAAAGGUUCAGUAGGAAAUUGGGGGGACAGCUUACAAUGUUUUAAAAUGGUUCUUCUUGGAGAUGUAAGCGUUGGUAAGACUUCGCUUAUAAAAGCCCUUAAAAAUGAACAUGAACUAUGGGAACUUCCCAAAGAGUAUAGAGCAACCACGGGGGCCUGGAUUACAUACGUUGACAUAACAAACACACGCAGGCUUCUCAUUACUGACACAUCCGGAAAGCGGGAAUAUACAUCUCUUGUUAAUUUGUACUUAAGACAUCUGCACUGCAUUGUUUUGGUGUUUGCCCUUGAUGAGCCCUCGAGCUUCACGCGACUUAAGAAUCACUGGUAUCAAGAGUUCAUUCAAAGCUUCAAAGGUGAGGUUUCAAACGUAGCAAAGUUUGUUGUUGGUACCAAGAUUGAUGUAGCACCGCAUAGCUGUACAUUACAAACAGAAGCAACAUGGUUUUCUGAAGAAAUUGGAGCAGAGAUUUGGAUCACUUCAGCACACACAUUAUCCAACACUUAUGAAUUGUUCUACCGAGUCGCCGAGAAGGCCAGUACCCUUUUCACUAGUGAGAUCAAUCCGGUUGAUAUCCAAGAUGGCUCAUCAAGUUUCGGUGACCACCUUGUGGACGACAUGCUCCUUGGUGAAGGAGCCCUUGUGAAGUAUCCCGAUCCAGUCCUUUUAGAAACUGAAGAAGAGAUUACAGAUCUUCAGUUGUUCCAUCAGUGUGUAUCUAUGACAGGGCAGAGCAGGAAAUUUACUUGGGGGACUUGGUCAGAGGAGUGCUCAAAGGAGGCAGUGUUAAAGCUGGAGAUGUCAAGGCAUCCAGACAGGAAAUCAAACAAGCUUUGGGCCUGUGUGAUGGCUAACGCGCCACCUAGCACUUGGCAGUACGAGAACUUAGAGGGUGUGAAACAUUACGGAACAACAGUCAAAAGACAACCCACAAAGACAAAGUUCAAGGACGUAAAAAAGCUCCUCUUUAGUUCACGUGACCAGCUAAACUGCGAAAGGGAACACGGCCUUUUUUACAUGUUACUUCUGUCAGAAGAUGGUAGAAUGUCAGAGGUUGGCCUUAACUCUGUCAGUACGAGAUUGACCAAGGGAACUUCAUCAGAGAAAGAAGUUGUCAAGAAUAAAUUCCACUUCAAGCCAUCGCCGCUCUCUGAAAAGGUGGCAUGUAUGAAUAUGUCUCUUACUCAUGCGGCUGUUAUUGAGGAAGAUACAGCAAGAGUUAGCACCUGGGGCCAUGGAGACACUGGAGCACUCGGUAUUGAUAAGGAAGACUUACAAUAUCAUGCCGUUCUAUAUUUUCCGUUAACAGUAACAUCAAUAGACUGCCAAAUAAAACAAGUUACCUGUGGUUCAUCCUUCACUUUAAUGUUGAGCACAGAUGGAAAGGUAUUCUCUUGUGGAACGGGAGCUUUAGGAAAGUUAGGACAUGGAGACGAAACGGACAGAUCAUUGCCCACAUUGAUUGAGUCGUUAAAGGAUAUCCAGGCAAUUGCUGCAGGAGGUGACCACGCCGUGGCAUUAAACCAAAGAGGCGUUCUUUACCAAUGGGGACUGGAUUGCGCUGAUGUUGAGAGAAGACGGUUCCUUUCAAAACCCCAAAAAGUAAGCCAACUCUUCAACGUGGCCGUGAAGUCGGUAGUCUGUGGAACUUUUCACACUGUCUGCGUGGCGAACGGAAUAUACUACACUGGUAUCGGAUAUGCGUGGGGAUUAGGUUCCGAUGGUCAACUAGGUCAGGGUCAUUGCCAGUGCCUUUCUGCCCCUAAAUUGAUCAGGGAACUUUACCGCAAUAGCAAAUUUGUGAAGCAAGUAUCAGCUGGGUGGAAACACUCUGGGCUUUUAACUGUUGACGGAGAAGUGUACACUUGUGGAAACAAUGCCUUCGGACAGCUUGGUUAUUUUACUGUUUCUGAUUGUAGCGAUGUCCCACGAAAAGUUUCUCUUGGAACGAAUGUAUCAGGAGACGAAAUGAGAGCGAAAGAAUUGUGCUGUAGUGAAGACUACACCAUGGUUUUAACCACCACUGGAGAUGUAAAGAUAUGGGGAAAAUGCCACUAUGGGUCUAAGUUGGAAGAUCCAAUACCUUUUGAUGUGAAUAACGAAGCUUCCUCUGACCUUGCUGCUGGUGGUGAAGCCAUAAGCAUCAGGGAUGUCACCACGUGUUAUUUGCCAUGUGAAACAUCAUUUAUCGAGCUUGUUGUGGCGCUGACUGGCACAAGUAAUCUGAUAUUUUGCGCAGGGAUCUCUCCUAAGUUUGAUUGCCAGGCCAUGCAUGAUUGCAUAUUACAGAUUCAAUGCAACAUGAGCGACUUGACCAUUCUCCGCUCGGUAGGCUCAGUCUUGAUCAGCAUGGAUAGGCGAGGAAAAGCCCAUUAUGUCGACAUCUGGAGGUGGUUGUUGCAACAUUUUCCUCCCGACCCUCAAAACAACACAAUUCCUGAAGACCUCCUGCAUUCCUUGUUCUCCAACUUGAAAGAGUCAGAUGCUGAUAAAUCACCGAAAGUUGAUUUCACUGCCGUCCCUUUUCAAGGUGAUAUUAUAAUGGCAGUGGAAGCAAGUCUCAACAUAUUUCUCUUUUGUACCACCAUUGGAGAUGUAUACAGUUGGUCCCCGAUGGCCGGCGGAGCUGUUGUGCGCCAUAAGGAAUUGAACAGUGAAAUAAUUGUGCAAAUCGCUUGUGGUGCGAGCCAUCUAGCUGCCUUAUCCGAUAGAGGAAUUCUCUUCACAUCAGGGGAGGGUACUUCAGGCCAGCUGGGAUGUGGUACAUUGCAAACCUUCCAGACUUUUCAGCUUGUUCCGGUAACAGCGUUGGACAGGGUUCAUACUGUAUGUUGUGGAUGGGCAAGCACAUCUGUUCUCACAGAAAAUGGCAAGGUGUACUUCUGGGGCCAGCUAGAUUUACCAGAGGGGGAAAAAACAAGGAAAAAACUUUCGAGUAUCACUGCUGCAGCCCAGCCCAUUGACAUUCCAAACCUUCUGGAAGAGACGCAGAGCAGUUCUUCUCCUGCCGGAUACAAAUUGGACAUCAUAGGCGACGUUGGAACCGCAGACAAUCACCUCGCUGUAGUUGGCAGAUUAUUUGAAGUGGAAAUAUCCAAAAGAAACGAAAACUCACAAGACAGUACCUGCACGGAAUUUAGAGCCGAGAUAAUUAACUGCCAAGACCCCCCAAAUAAUCUUCAUUCCAAAGGAAAGAUAAAGCAGUCACUUAAUGCGGAUGGGGUGUACGUUGCUUCCAUGGUUUUCUAUUCUGAAGGGUCGUUCAAAGUCUCUAUAACAAGAAAUGGAAAGAACCUUCUUGGCAGUCCGUUUAAAGUCAAAGCAGAAAAAAGUGUUACGUCGAAAAGAACUAAACUGUCGCUGAUUAGUUCAGACACUGACUGCAUGAGAGAAGUUGGUGGGGUCCUUCAGAAAGCCAUCGGUCCGUAUGAAUCGUGGAUUCAGUUGAUGGGGGUUCCAGUCAUCAACACAGAUUUAUUGACACAGGUAGCCUUUAUGAUGACGUCGAUGACCGACAGUGGAAUUUACGUCUACGUCUGGGACGCCUGUAACGGAAGCCUGCCUGAGGAGGACCUUAACUUCUGGUUGCACUUACUGUCACAACAUGCAUCUUCCGCCGAUAUUAUCCUUUUGGGUAUAAAUAUAAGCACUACACAUGCCAAUGACAUCGACUUGGAGCCAUUCCAGAAAGUGAAUCCAAAGAUGAAGCGAUCUAUUCUUGUUGGGACCACCUUUGCUUCAGAACCAGACAAGCUGUUGGAGGAAUUGCUUUUGGUGCUAAGUGAAACAAACUGCCACCAAAGUCCGGUCUGGUACAGAUUAGACAGUUUGGCUUCAAAAGUCCUUGAGUUGAAGAUGGAAGGGAUUGAACAUCUUGAUUAUUCUAAAUUUAAGAGUCUGGCUAGUGAGUGCGGCAUCCAGGGAGAUCAUCUAUGCAGAAGAGCUGCCAACUACCUUGAGCGCACAGGAUUGGGUAUCUUAAUAGGAGCAGAUUCGUUUUUCUUAGUUCUCCUGCCUCGUUGGUUUGAGCGGCAGCUCACCGAAGUUACGAGGCUCAGUCACUUCGGGAGCCUAAGCAGGAAAGUCUUAGAUUUGACAAAGCAACACAUCGUCAAAUUUUUGAUUGAAAAGCGAGUGGCCGUUGAGACGAGAGAUAGGAGUGCAGUUUACAUCAUUCCUCGCCUGACUUCAAAAUCUAUCACAGCAAAGAAUUGGCCUCCGGUGGAAGAGUCCAAAUACACCAUCUACAGACAUUUGGUGUUUGAGGUGCCGCCCUAUCACGUCCAUUCCAGUUUCCAUUCUCUUGUUGCGAACAUUCUGCAAAAAUAUCGUCAUGUGAUUGUGGGGAAAUAUUCUCUGGUUAUCUACAGGGACGAUCAGUACGACUGUCGUAUUGAUUGCGGACCUUGUUUCGUCAACAAAACUGUAUUGGAGGUAAGAGUGACAGUGCGGGCACACAGCCAAGAUGUUUGCAAGGCUGGUGCAGAUGAAACAUUACGUUUCCUGAAAACGCGCUUUACGACCUGUCUUGGCUAUUGUGAGAUCAAGGUGUCUUGUCGUGCCUGUCGGCAGCAUUAUUUUGAUUUGUCCCUUCUACAAGAGGCAGCAGCACUUGACGAGGAUAGGUGUCAUUGUGAAAGAUGUCAUGACAAAAAAUCUACCAUCAGUGACAUGUUAAAUGGAUUCAAAGAUACGCAAUCGAUGCCAGCGCUGGAAUGGCAUCCAGCAGGUGACUCGCACUGUAAGCCUGAUGAUCCUCGCUCUAACACUCUGACUCGUCCCGUGAUGAGGUACUUUGGUGAUCACGUCGACAAGGUUGAAGCGAAAGUGCUGAGAGAGAUCAGAGAAAGGAUUGAAGACUUGACAAAAGUUUUCAUGGACCUAAAAAAUUACGAUGUUCCACGAACCAUUUGCCUUCUGCCAGAAUUCCAGAAUCGCUCCUCUGUUUUGAAAGUGAACGCGAUAAAAAGGCUUCUAACGUUUGGUCAGCCAAAGUAUCGUUUGUUUCUACUUUGCGAAGGAAAUGGAGACGGUAGUGGGGUGCACUUUCUUGACUCCAGCAAGCAUGAAGGGUACAGACUAGAGAGCAUCGUGGCUGCUGAUCUGAUCAAAAAAAGUGUUAAUUUUUUGCGGUUUACUUUGCAGCUUCUCAUCAACCUUUCCUCUGUGGCGAGCAUCGCUACAACCCUCUUUGAUGGGGAAGAAACCCUGAAUACCGUCCUCGGCACAAUAGGCCUCAGUGGAGCUGUACUUUCUGGAGUUCGUUGGAAGAAUGUCUUCAAAGAGAUGGACGGCUUCCUCAAGACUGUUGAAGAAACAUCAGGUUCCAUUCCGCAACCCAAGAGCCUGACUGGUGUAUCAGGUACAUUCCGCGGGUAUCAACUGGGUGGUGAACAUUAUGAGUAUCUGCGAGAAGUUCUGUCAAAGCUAGGUACCAAAGACAACUUUGGUGGGUUGCGACAGGAACCACGCGAAGGGUUUGGCGCCAUUUGGGUGUGUGAAAAGCACAGCAAGUACAGCAAAGACACCAAAGCCUUUAACAUCAUUCCGUGAGAUGAUGAUUAAUCAAAACAGCUGUAUCAUCGUAAACAAUGUGUGAACAUGAUAACUCGUGUUUAUCUUGUAAAUUUCGAUGAAGAAUGUUCAGGCGCUUAGCGUCCUAUACGCAUGUGUGUACUUGAAGUGACCAGAAAAUUUUGAAAACAAUGUUGUGUUUGCGCCAAGUUUGCUCAAAUUAAGG